AUGGGCAAGACACUCUCUCCUGAAGGCCAAGCUGCCAUUCGUGCUGCAAUUGACGAAGCUUGCAAGGACCAAACACAGGGUCUCCCCAACGUGGCUUUCGUCGUCGUCAAUAAAGAUGGACAGGAAAUCCUCGCUCAUGCCGCCGGCACGCGUGGAAUCGGGCAAGAUGAGCCUGCGACCCCUGACUCGGUGUAUUGGAUCGCUUCUUUCACCAAGAUGAUCACCGGUGUGGCUUGCAUGCACUUCUACCGAGACAAUCUGCGUGACCAAAAUUAUGACGAGUUCUGCGCGAGAUUCGACGAUUUCAUGCAGCCAUUGGUUAAUCAGCCUGGGGAAACUUGGGAGUACGGAAUCAAUAUCGACUGGGCCGGCAUCAUGGUCGAACGGGUCACCGGUGUGCCGCUAAGCGAGUACUUCCAGAAGAGCAUUUUUGAGCCCCUUGGUUUGAACGACAUUGGGUUCUUCCCGUCUGAAGCCAUGAAGAAGAGAUUGAUCUCUAUGACCCAGCGAGCUCAGGACGGCACCCUUAGCCAGGGCCACCAUCCAAAUCAUAUGCCUUUGGAUGAGUUUAAUGAGGACGAAAAGAAAUUCAUCUUCAAUAGCGGAGGAGGAGGAUGCUUCUCCACUCCGCGAGAUUAUGCCCAACUUCUCGCCGCCCUCCUAAACAAUGGCGUCUCCCCUACAACAGGCAACCAGAUCCUCUCUAAAUCCACCGUCGACAGCAUGUUUGAAAACCAAAUUCCGCACAUGCCCGAUUUUGGCCGGGCGGGACUUCCCGCCGCGAAGCCAGAUCUCACUAAUCCCGUUCAGGAGCUUUAUCCACUUCCUGAUCGCACGCCGCAGGGAUGGGGACUCACUUGGAUGAUCACGCCUAGCCCUACAGGGAGGACAGCGACAAGCGCGUUUUGGGCAGGAAUUGCAAAUUGUUUCUGGUGGUGUGAUCGCGAAAAGGGGAUAGCAGGCGUAAUAACUACGCAGGUCUUGCCCUUCGGAGACCCAAAACUGGUUCCGCUGUGGGUGAAUAUUGAAGCGGCGGUGUAUAAUUCCCUAAUAUGA